GCCAUCAACUUUGAACACCUUCUUUUCCUUUCUAUUUAAAGCUCCAACCGCCUCUCCCUCCAUUUCCCAGGAGAUCCAUAAACACUAAUAGAUUUCCUCUUGCUCUCUCUCUCUCUCUCCUCUCAUUCUCUCACUAGAUUCAGCUCCAUUUUCUCUUCAUCUUCAUCCAAUAUAUUAAUCAACACCAUUUUACAUGGCGGCCGUUACACAAAACGGGCACCAAAACGGGCAUCAAAACGGGUCGUUGGAGAGCUUCUGCAAGACAACCGAUCCACUGGGAUGGAAAAUGGCGGCUGAGUCACUCAACGGAAGCCACCUGGAAGAAGUGAAGCGCAUGGUGGCCGAUUACCGGAAGCCGGUGGUCAGCCUCGGCGGCGAGACUUUGACGAUAUCCCAGGUGGCUGCGAUAGCCACCAGUGGCUCCAGCGUGAAGGUUGAGCUUUCGGAGUCGGCUAGAGCCGGCGUUAAGGCCAGCAGUGACUGGGUCAUGGAAAGUAUGAACAAAGGAACCGACAGCUAUGGCGUCACUACCGGAUUCGGUGCGACUUCACAUAGGAGAACAAAGCAAGGAGCUGCUCUUCAGAAGGAGCUCAUUAGGUUUUUGAAUGCUGGAAUAUUUGGCAAUGGGACAGAGUCAUGCCAUACACUGCCGAACUCAGCAGCAAGAGCAGCUAUGCUGGUCAGAAUCAACACACUUCUGCAAGGCUACUCGGGCAUUAGAUUUGAAAUCUUGGAAACCAUCACCAAGUUCCUCAACCACAACAUCACUCCAUGCUUGCCACUUCGUGGAACCAUCACCGCCUCCGGCGACCUUGUCCCCCUCUCCUACAUCGCCGGACUCCUCACUGGCCGGCAUAACUCGAAAGCUGUUGGUCCCAAUGGCGAAUACCUCAAUGCCAAGGAAGCUUUCAACCUUGCCGGCAUCAAUUCGGGGUUUUUCGAGUUGCAGCCUAAAGAAGGCUUAGCCCUUGUUAAUGGCACUGCUGUUGGAUCAGGCUUAGCUUCAAUGGUUCUUUUCGAGUCUAACAUCCUUGCUGUGCUGUCGGAAAUCUUGUCAGCAAUCUUUGCUGAAGUAAUGCAGGGGAAACCAGAAUUCACCGAUCAUUUAACUCAUAAACUGAAGCACCAUCCAGGCCAAAUCGAAGCCGCAGCAAUCAUGGAACACAUUUUGGAUGGAAGCUCUUAUGUUAAGGCAGCUAAGAAGUUGCAUGAGAUCGAUCCCCUGCAGAAGCCUAAACAAGACCGCUAUGCACUAAGAACAUCACCGCAAUGGCUUGGACCCCAAAUCGAAGUCAUUCGCUACUCGACGAAGUCCAUCGAGAGGGAGAUCAAUUCGGUUAACGACAACCCUUUAAUUGAUGUUUCAAGGAACAAAGCCUUACACGGAGGAAAUUUCCAAGGAACCCCGAUUGGAGUUUCCAUGGAUAAUACCCGUUUAGCUCUUGCAUCAAUUGGAAAGCUCAUGUUUGCUCAGUUUUCUGAGCUUGUCAAUGAUUUUUACAACAACGGAUUGCCAUCAAAUCUCUCUGGUGGUAGAAACCCAAGUUUGGACUAUGGAUUCAAAGGAGCUGAAAUCGCCAUGGCUUCUUAUUGUUCUGAGCUUCAAUACCUUGCCAAUCCGGUAACCAGCCAUGUCCAAAGUGCAGAGCAGCACAAUCAAGACGUAAACUCCCUUGGUUUGAUCUCCUCUAGGAAAACCGCCGAAGCUGUAGACAUCUUGAAGCUCAUGUCUUCAACAUACUUAGUAGCUCUCUGCCAAGCUAUUGACUUGAGGCAUUUGGAAGAGAACCUGAAGAACACGGUUAAGAACACCGUGAGCCAAGUUGCGAAAAGAAUCCUCACCAUCGGUGUCAAUGGAGAGCUACACCCGUCGCGAUUCUGCGAGAAGGAUUUGCUUAAAGUGGUUGAUAGGGAAGAUGUGUUUGCCUAUAUUGAUGAUCCUUGCAGUGCUGUUUACCCAUUGAUGCAGAAACUUAGACAGGUUCUUGUAGAGCAUGCUUUAAACAACGGUGAGAAUGAGAAAAAUCCUAGCACUUCAAUCUUCCAAAAGAUUGAAUCUUUUGAAGAGGAAUUGCAGACCCUUUUGCCUAAAGAGGUUGAGAAUGCUAGGAUUGCAAUUGAGAGUGGGAAUUCAGCAAUCUCGAACAAGAUCAAGGAAUGCAGAUCAUAUCCAUUGUACAAGUUUGUGAGGGAAGAGUUGGGAACAGAGUUAUUGACUGGAGAGAAAGUAAGGUCACCAGGGGAAGAGUUUGACACGGUAUUCACAGCUAUGUGCCAGGGGAAGAUUAUUGAUCCAAUGCUUGAGUGCCUCAGUGAUUGGAAUGGUGCUCCUCUUCCUCUCUGUUAAUUGUACCUUUUUCUUUUUUCCCCUUUUUUUUUUUUUUUUUUUUUUUUUUUGUUCCUUGUGGUUUGAAGUUUUUUCCAACAUGCUUGUUCCUUUUGUUCAUUUGAAAUAUGUGAUCCUCGAAAUAUCCCGUUCUUCUGUAUGAUGCAUACAGAAUGGAUGGGAUUGUCUCAACAACUUGUUUGGCUGUCGGUAAUAUAAUAUAAAUAAUAAUAAACAUCAUAUGUUAUUGGUUA